UCUGGGAUUGGGAUCAGGAUCCGGGAUCGGGAUCCAGGAUCGGGAUCCGGGAUCGCUCCAUGGCCUCUCUCCGCUCCCCGUCCCCCCCGUCCCGCGGGGCUGAGGAGGAUCCCGGGAAUUUGGCGUCCAUCACCAUCCCGGCCUCGCCCUUCAUGCAGAAGUUGGGAUUCGGCACCGGAGUCAGCGUUUACCUGAUGGAAAGGUCUCCCCGUGGCUGUUCCCGCUCUCCCUGGGCCGUGAAGAAAAUCAACUCCGGCUGUUCUGGGAUCCAGCGCAGCCUCUUCCAGCAGCGCCUCCGGAACGAGGCCCAGACCCUGCGCAACCUGCGGCACCCCAACGUCGUCGGGUACCGGGCUCUGGCUGUGGCUCCUGACGGGAAUCUCUGCCUGGCCAUGGAAUUCGGGGGCGAGCGUUCCCUGUGGGAUCGGAUCCAGGAGCGCCGGGAGCGCGGCCGCGGGGCCUUUCCCGCCGGAGCCAUCCUGCGCGUCGGGCUGGGCGUGGCACGAGGGCUGCAGUACCUGCACACGGAGCAGCGGCUGCUCCACGGCGACAUCAAAUCCCCGAACGUUGUCGUGCGCGGGGCCUUCGAAUCCGUCAAAAUCUGCGACAUCGGAGUCGCCCUGGCCCUGGAUGAGAACCUGGAAGCGCGCGAUCCCGAGCAGCCGUACGUGGGCACGGAGCCGUGGCUGCCUCCGGAGGCGCUGGAGCCGGGCGGGAUCAUCUCGGAUCGCUCCGACAUUUUCCCGCUGGGGCUGACGCUGUGGGAGAUGCUGGCGCUGAGCGUGCCCCACCUGGAUUCCCGCUGCUCGGAGGAUUCCCGCUGUUCGGAGGAUUCCGAGGAUUCCUGGGAGCGGCAGUUCCGGGCGCGUUUGGGCUCGCGGCCGCCGCUGCCGGCGGAGGCGGCGCUGGAUCCGGCGCUGGGAUCCGUGCGGGAAUUGUUCUGCGCCUGCACCGCGGCCCAGCCCCGGCAGCGCCCGCCCGCCGCCGCCCUGUGCCGGGCGCUGGAGACGCUGCCCAUGGGAAUUCCCCAGGAACUGCUGGAGUGACCGCACGGAGCGCCGGAAUUCCUGGAGCUCCAGCCCCAAAAUUCCCGGAGUUCUGGAGCCCUGAUGUUCCAGAGCCCCAAAAUUCCUGGAGUUCCAGAGCCCUGACAUUCCCAGAUCUCCAGAACCCCGACAUUCCCAGAGUUCCAGAGCUCUGAUAUUCCCAGAGUUCCAGCCCCGACAUUCCCAGAGCUCCAGAACACCAGAAUUCCCGGAGCUCCAGAGCCCCAAAAUUCCUGGAGUUCCAGCCCUGACAUUCCCAGGUUUCCAACUCUGCCAGGCCCUGGAGCCGCUGCCCGUGGGAAUUCCCCAGGAACUGCUGGAGUGAGGGCACGGAGCUCCGGAACACCAGGAUUCCAGGAGCUCCAGAGUCCCGAAAUUCCCGGAGUUCUGGAGCCCUGAUGUUCUGGAGUUCCAGAGCCCAAACAUUCCCAGAGUUCCGGAACCCGGCAUUCCUGGAGUUCUGGAGCCCCAAAAUUCCCUGAGUUCCAGAGCCCCGAUGUUCCUGGAGUUCCAGCCCUGACAUUCCCAGAUUUCCAACUCUGCUGUACCCUGGAGCUGCUGCCCAUGGGAAUUCCACAGGAACUCCAGGAAUGAGGGGAUGGAGCUCCGGAAUUCCCGGAGCUCCAGAGCCCCGAAAUUCCCGGAUUUCCAGAGCCCUGAUGUUCCGGAGUUCCAGAGUCCAAACAUUCCCGCGACAUUCCCAGAGUUCCAGCCCUGACAUUCCCAGGUUUCCAACUCUGCCGGGCCCUGGAGCUGCUGCCCAUGGGAAUUCCUGAGGAAUUCCAGUGAGGGGCGGAGCUCUAGAACACCGGAAUUCCUGAAGUUCCAGCUCCAAAAUUCCUGGAGUUCCAGAACACCG